AUGACACUAGAUAGGCAACAUCGGCCAUCUGUAUCUUCCUCUAGGUCAUCUUAUAUCUCAGAUAAUAAUGACCCAUGGGAUGAUGACCAAUUAAUAGCCAUUCCAAGUUCGAUAGCUUCUUUCCAUCAUCCACACCCUGAAUUAAUGCAAUCCGUCUCUUCGACCUCAAACCAUCUAUCACCAUAUGGAAGUCUCUCAAUCAAUGAUGUUGAUGAUAUAUCUUCACGUACUCACCAUCAAAACCAGCAGCACCAUUCCAACUUCCACUUUUUCACCAAUGAACAAAUCGAAAACGCAGAAGGAUUCACCUCUACAGUUGAAAAUACUGACUACUAUACAGAUAGCAACAAUAUUUUUGAUAACGAAUUAGGAUACACACAUGGCGGCAGUAGCGCUAUAACCCAAUCGAAUGCUAGUUUGCGUUCCUCUUUACUAAGUUCCGGGAGCGGUAUUCGACACCAUACCUAUGGAGCAACAGCAAAUACUUCAAACGCAGCUUUGGUAAGGAAUUCUAGCUCUUCAAGUUCAGCUUCAGUGAAUUAUGAAUCACAAGAAAGAAUUCCAUCCUUACAUGACCACUUUGCGGGCAAUAACAACAUUAUUGGACGCACAAAUAGUAAUAACAGCAUUGAUGAUACCGGCUCUGGGUCUGGUGUUGAUUCCAAUAAUGAAGAUGAAGAUGAUAACAAAAACCAUAAAUAUCAUCUGUUUGAUGCUAGCAACAAGUUAUUAGCCCCUAAAUACCACGAUAAGUUUUUUGCUGCCAAACCAAAUUGCCAAGUACAGAGAUUUUACAUUGCCGAAGAGGAUUUGGUUGUUGGUAUAGCGGGAUACAAAAUCAGCAAGCUUCGACUAAUUUUGUAUUACUUACUAUGUUUAUCUACUCUGGGUAUUGGCUAUUUAGUUUUUAGAUGGUUUCCCCGUUAUAAAAUUAAACUGAUAGGCAGCAACCAGCCCUUGGGGAAAGCUGAAUUUGUGGUUGUAGAAAACGAAUUGGGUGAGGUCACCACUGUUGCCGUUGAAAGAAAAUGGUACAAUAGAUCUUUGAACUCAGUUUUAAUCUCUCCGGAAAAUGGAAUUUAUGACAAUAUCGAUUUGCCUAUUCUAAUUUCUUUUCAAUAUAGAUUAUUUACUCUAAUAUAUUCACCUGUAGAAGAUAUUUUUAGAACAAAUAGCAAUUGGAUCGAUCGUAGUUGGCAAAAUUUGGAAAAAUGUAAAAAUGGAUUAACCAACAACGUCCACGGAGAUCGUAUUUUAUCCUUUGGCAAAAAUGAGUGCAAUUUGAAGAUUAAAUCUAUACUAGAACUAACUGUUAAUGAGGCUUUACAUCCAUUUUAUAUUUUUCAAAUUUUUUCGAUUAUAUUGUGGUCUUAUGAUGACUAUUACUCUUAUGCGAUUUGUAUUUUGAUAUUGUCUGUUUUAUCCAUAGCAACCACCGUUAUUGAAACAAGAAAGAGUUCCGGGAAACUAGUGGAGAUGUCCAACCUUAAUUGUUUGGUCCGUUGUUAUCGUGAUGGGUUUUGGAUUACUACUUCUUCAUCAGAUCUAGUACCAGGUGAUAUUUUUGAAGUCACCGAUCCUGAAUUAGACGCGUUCCCAUGCGAUUGUGUUUUACUAAGCGGCGAAGUAUUGACCAAUGAAUCAAUGUUGACCGGUGAGUCUGUUCCUGUGUCUAAAACUCCAAUUCCUUCUGAAAAUUUAAUGGCCCAACUUUUAAUUGAUUUUGAAAGCUCCAAGCUUUCUCCUCAAGUUUGCAAAAGUGUUUUAUUCAAUGGUACUAAGUUAGUCCGUGCAAAACCAGACCCGGAAACUCAUAUAUCUAUUGCGAUGUGUGUCAGAACGGGAUUUUCCACUACAAAGGGUAGUUUGAUUAGAUCAAUGGUUUUUCCAUCGGUUUCAUCCGCUGCUCAGUCGAACGAUAUGCAAAAGGAUUCUUUUAAAUACAUUGGAUAUAUGUUUAUUAUUGCUAUGCUUGGCUUCACAAUAUCAGCCAUUAAUUUUAAGAGAUUAGGUCUAUCUAAAAACGUUAUCAUUGUGCGUGCAUUAGACAUUAUUACAAUUGUUAUUCCACCUGCAUUACCGGCAACAUUAACUAUUGGUACCAACUUUAGUCUAGGAAGAUUGAAGGAAAAAUUGAUUUUUUGUAUUUCCCCCACAAGAAUAAACAUUGCUGGUAAAUUAGAUGUGAUGUGCUUUGACAAAACCGGGACUUUGACUGAAGAUGGACUAGAUGUCAGUGGUGUCAAAGAAUUGAAUGUUAAAAAUGGUCGGUUUAAUCCACAAACUAAUGUGUUUGAACAGAUCGAAAAUCCAGUUUUCAAAAUGAUUUUGCAAACGUGUCAUUCCUUGAAUUAUCUGGAAAACGAGGGACUAGUUGGUGAUCCGUUGGAUCUUAAAAUGUUUGAAUUUACUAAUAGUAAAUAUCAUGAAGAUAAUGCUAACAAUGAUUGUUGUUUCGUUGUUGAUGGUGAUAAAAAGGUGCUAAAAGUUUUUGAUUUUGAAUCUACACUAAAAAGAAUGAGUUGCUUGGUGAGUGAUGUUGGUGGGCGUAUGUGGGGGUUUUCCAAAGGUGCUCCUGAAGUCAUUUCAACCAUUUGUAAACCAGGUAGCAUACCACACAACUAUGAGCAAACUCUAAGGGAACAUACACAUAAUGGUGAUCGUGUUAUUGCUUGUGCUGCUAAAAAAAUUAGUAGCAACACAGUCUCUGCUGGUAUAAAUAGAUCUAAGGUUGAAUGUGACUUGGAGUUUUUAGGCUUUGUUAUCUUUGAAAAUAAACUGAAGGCCAAAACUACUGAGACUUUAUCUGUUUUGAAGGAUGCAAACAUUAGAACCAUUAUGUGCACCGGGGACAAUAUUCUAACUGCAGUCUCUGUUGCCAAGGAAUGUGGUUUGUUGCCAUCAGAUCACCGCUGUUACAUUUCUAUUUAUAAUGAAGAGGCCAAUGAAAAAGUUUUAUGGCAAGAUGUAGAUGAUCCUGAAUCUUUCUUGAAUGAAAUCACUUUGACCCCAGCCUUAGGUACAACCCCAAAAAAUUAUUCCUUGGCAGUUACCGGUGAUGUUUUCCGUCUAAUGUUUCAAAAAAACGCCGAAAUUGAAGAAAUGGGGGCAACAGCUGCUGCGAAUGACAGUGCUCAAUUUUUAUUUUCUGAAAAUUACAUCCAAACAGUACUACUGAAGAGUUGCAUUUAUGCUAGAAUGUCGCCCGAUGAAAAACAUGAGUUGGUUGAACAAUUACAAAAAUUGGAUUAUUGUGUAGGAUUUUGUGGUGACGGUGCAAACGAUUGUGGUGCGUUGAAGGCUGCUAAUGUUGGUAUCUCUUUGUCUGAAGCAGAGGCGUCUGUAGCUGCUCCCUUUACCUCCCAAAAUUUUGAAAUUAGUUGCGUUUUGGAUUUAAUUAGAGAAGGCCGUGCCUCUUUGGUAACCUCCUUUGCAUGUUUCCAAUAUAUGUCCUUAUAUUCAGCGAUUCAGUUUAUCACUAUAACAAUUUUAUAUGGACGUGGAUCCAAUUUGGGUGAUUUUCAGUUUCUAUUCAUAGAUUUGUUUCUAAUUGUUCCGUUAGCCGUUACCAUGUCAUGGUCUAAACCAUAUCUGGGACCUAUUGUAAAGAAAAGACCAUCUGCAAACUUGGUUUCUCGCAAGAUUAUUUUUCCAUUAGUUAGUAAUAUGAUUAUUGUACUGGUUUUCCAGCUUAUUCCCUGGGCACUUAUUCAAGAUAUGAAGUGGUACAUUAAGCCUGUUGUAGGUGACCAAGAUACUGUGAAUAGUAGUGACGAUACAGUAUUAUUUUAUGUUUCUAAUUUCCAGUAUAUUAUGAUUGCUGUUGUAUUAAGUUUGGGCCCACCAUAUAGAGAACCAAUGAUGAAAAAUGCUUGGUUUAUAAUCAAUGUUAUAGUUGCUCUUUUAGUAUGCAUUUGGUUUAUGUGCCUUGAUCCAAACUCAUGGUGGGGAUCUUUAAUGCAAUUAACCAAAGUCCCUGUUAACUUUAAAUGGGCAAUAAUCUUUUGGGCACUAUUCAAUUAUUUAAUGCACAUUGUUAUUCCUAGAAAACUGAGAACAUUGUUCAAGAAGAAACAAAGUAGCAAAAAAUAUAAACAUUUGCUGCUAAGGGAACGUACUUUAUCUGUGUAA